ACCUCUACAUACACACCCACAGCUCCGACCCUCGCCAUCGCCAACCACAACCAGCAAACACUCCACCUCCAUCACCACUAGCACCAGCACGAUCACGAUGUCGUUCGACCGGCUCCCCUCGCUCGAGUCGCAGCCCACGACGUCACGUAGUACGGGGUACAGCGACAGCCCGGAGUUUACAGCGCUCACGACGUCGCUCUCGUCACGACUCUUCACGCUCACCAGCAACAUAACCCAACUCAACCGACAACUCUCCUUGGUCGGCACGAAGAAGGACUCGGACGUAGUCCGUGAGCGCGUCACCCGCCUCCUCGACGAGACGCGCACGGGCUUCCGCGACAUCAGCGACGGCGUCAAGCGCGCCAAGGCCUGGCCCGACGCCUCGCCCGCCAUGAAGUACACGCAGGAUAAGCUGCAGAACCAGCUUACCAGUGCCCUCGCGGACUUCCAGAGCGCGCAGAGGCUGAGUGCCGAGAAGAUGCGCCAGUUUGUGGCCGCUGCGAAGAGGCGCGUGCAUGAGCAUGAUGGCGAGACGGAGAGGUAUACGGAUGAGGAGGGGGCGCCCGGUGGUGGCGAGGGGGGGCUGCUCCUGCAGCAACAGCAGGCUGCUGCCCUCGCGGACCAGAAUGAGGUCGAGUUUCAUGAGAGUCUUAUUCUGCAGCGCGAGGAGGAGAUCCGAUCGCUGGAGCGCGGCGUCACGGAGAUCAACGAUAUAUUUCGCGACCUGGGCACGAUGAUCAGGGAUCAGGGCGACCAGCUGGACGUCAUUGGCGCGAAUGUCGAUAGUGUCUCGCAGGAUCAUAAGGCGGCUGACUUGGAGCUGCGCAGCGCGUCGAGGUAUCAGAAGAGCGCGAGGAAUAGGGCCUGCUGUCUUCUCCUGAUUCUGGCGAUCGUGUUGACGAUUGUGUUGUUGGCGAUAUUCCUGGGCUAGGAGGUUGUACGUUCACCAAGGCGGUAGAUACGAUAUUCUAUUCUUUCGUCUAUUCUAUUCUUUUCUAUUCUAUUCUUUCCUUAUUCCUUUCCCUUUUUUUCCUUUUUCUUUUCUUAGGUAGCUCUUCUUUCCAUUGUAUUGCUGGGCUUGUUGUUAUUGGAUCAUUAGUUGCUUGCUUGCGUUGGGUCACGGGUAGUUUCGGUUUCGUCAAUUGUUUGUUGAAUUGAACGGCUUUUCUUCUUUGCUUCUUGCGUUUUUGCGUUUUUGCGUUUUGCGUUUAUAUGAUCUCGGUGCUCACGCCGUGGGGCUGGUGGGCGGGCGAGGGGGAG